AUGGAAAAUGGACUGCUCUGUGCGAGUGACAUGAAUCCUGCCCUCCUCUCGGGACAGGCUGAAACCCGAUUCUUCGCAGAUGUCUUCGAUCCCACCUUAGGGUCUUGGCUGACGGACGGCUUCUCGAAUGCCCAAGGCUUGGAAGCCCUCCAGGGAAAUGCAGGAGAGAUGUUGGACUUAUCUCUGUUGCGAGCACAAGAUCCCACAGGAGCGCUGGAGAUGAACUACAACUUCCAGUUCGGCUUCUUUCCCGCACCCAAUGCAAACUCAACGAACCCGGGAAAUGCCAGGCCGAACAGAUACUCGAUGCCGUUCCCUGCUAUGGUCGUGGAUGACGCGAUUGAUUCAUUCUUCAAGUAUGUGGCAGGUUGGCUGCCUCUUUUCCACAAACCGCGAUUCUAUGAAAAAUAUAACGUGCACGGUCAAGAUCCCGAAAAAUAUCAGAGCCUGUCCCUGGAAGACUGCUUAAUCCUAGAUACCAUUUGCGCCCUCGCCGCCCGCUUUUCUGCCUCUUCGUAUUUUGCCCAUUUACCUCCCAAGGGACGGGCUGAACCAUUCCUCAAUCAGGCGACGCAGCUAUUUCAGGACGCCAUGAAGCUAGAUUCAGCCAUCCAACCAAAUCUGUCAUUGUUACAGGGAUUACUUCUCCUAGGCUGGUACCACCAGGUCUGUGGUUCUAGUGGGCGAUGUGGCAAUCUAAUUGGUGUCUCCUGCCGUUUGGCAUACGACCUCGGCCUCAACAACAUCGACCAUGACAUUCUAGAUUCAAAGGCCACGGCUCAAUGGACCUCGAGCGAAGAAUGGAGCAGGAAAGAAGAACUUCGCCGGGCCUGGUGGUUAGCCUGGGAGCUCGACAUGUUCUCGGGCACGAUUCUAAAACGGCCACACACGAUUGACAAAAGCCACAUCAAUGUGCUACUCCCGGUAUCCGAUGAGGCAUGGUUCUCCGACACACCAGUUGCAUCAGUUGCGAUCAUACCCGACCCACUGCACGUUUGGAAAACGCUCAAGGAUUCCCCUAAUGACAACGAUCGGGCUUGGUUCCUGGUCGCGUCUUUCCUCAGGGCGUUUGCUCACGACAUAUUCCACAGACGACACACCACGGUGCAGACGGUUCUCGACUUCCAGUCCUCUCUUACUUGCUUUUCCUUGAUCCUACCUCAAAGAUUUCACCUUUCGGCGAACUGUCUCAGCUACGACGAGACUAACUUCUCCGGGAAUAAUUGGAUUAUUUGCACUCAUUUAAUCCUCCAUUCCUCUCGUUCAUCCCUUCGACUGCUUUGUCACCGCAAGUUCCCAGAGCAUCUAGACGUUUCCCUUGAAACAUCGGCCUUGGAAGAUGAGAAGUUGGUCUGCCGCGUCAUUCGGGAAUGGGAUCCGAAUUUCAUUCCGCGAACCUGUCCGCUGGUCACCACAACCCUGCUCGGUCCGGCGGCGAUGAAUGCCAAAACAGCGUGCGAGCUCGCCGCAAACCCUGACGAAAGCAGGCCCAUAUAUCUCGAGAUGCUGAAGCUGGUUCUGGGCGCGAUCGGCUCGUUCUGGCAAAUUGGGGCUUCUGUACUAGGGCCCAUCGUGCGCAUCACGCCAGAUCAGCUCCAUGUCAAAGAUAUGGAGGCGUAUAAUGAGAUAUUCCGAUCGGGCUCAAGGUUCUCCAAAUGGCCGCAGAUGUACUCAACAGAGAGCGCCAAUGGCUUCUUCAACGUGGCCGACUCGAAGGCCGUUAAGCCGUGGAAGGAUCCCUUCCGGCCAUACUUCUCCAAGGCAGCAAUCACCAGGCUCGAGCCACUAAUCCACAACCGCGUGCAGAAGUUCGUGUCAGUUCUCGCCGCCGCAGCAUCCGCCGGCAAGGCCGUCGAUCUCAGUCUCGGCUACCGGAGCUUGACCAGCGACGUGGUCAUGAGCUACUGCUUCGCCGACCAGGGGUUCAAGUCCCUCGAGGCCGAUGAGUUCCAGUCGCCCAUGCUCCUUGCCCUGGAGCAGAUGUUCGAUGUCAUGCAGUAUACCAUUUACUGGCACAAUGCGGCGAGGAUGCUGCUCCGACUGCUAAGUCGAAUGACUAAGGAACAGGCAGAAAAGUAUGUGCCAGCGCUCGCAGCCACGAAUUGGAUCUCUGAGCAAUGUCGACAAAAAGUUGAGAAGAUUAUGAGCCGGCAGGGGUCACAGUCCAAAUACCCGACCGUUUUCGAUGCGUGGGCGGACCCGUCGUUCAAAAAGGACUCGUUCAACCCAACCCUCGAGCAGUUGACGGCCGAUGCCUUUGUCUUCCACGGUGCCGGGACCGAUACCACGGCACACACGCUAACGCUGGGCUCGUGGCAUAUCAUGAACAAUAAGGAAAUAGUGUCGAAGCUGAGGAAAGAGCUGGAACGCGUCAUUCCUGAUCCAGACAGCACGCAAAUGGUCAGCACGACUGUCCUAGAGGAGUUGCCGUACCUCCAUGCCGUUGUCAAGGAAAGCCUAAGGAUGGCUCUGGGUGUGCCGGGACGAAUCCCCCGCGUGGUUCCAGAAGGGGGCGUUGUCCUCUGCGGCCAAAUGAUCCCGGCAGGAACGCCCGUUUCGAGCACGGCAUACGGCUACCACUACGACCCUGUCUUCUUUCCCGAGCCCCAUACAUUCCGGCCCGAGCGCUGGCUGGGCGCCAACGCACGAGAACUCGAGAGCCAGCUCAUCUCCUUCUCGCGUGGCCCUCGGUCGUGUCUGGGCAUUAACCUCGCGCAUGCAGAACUGUACCUGACGUUCGCUUACUUAGUCCGGACCUUUGAUUUGAUGCCAUAUGAUAUGAAGCCGGCUGACAUGGAGUGGAAGGAUAAUUUUGUGGUCACGACGAAAGGUCACUUGAGAGUUACCGUGAGGAAGGUGGCAGCUAUGUGA